AAAAUGGCUACUAUUUCCGCUCUCCUUUGAUUUGAUUAUGGGUAAUUUCCCAGAUUUCAUUUAAAAUAUAAACAAAUUCAAAUUUUAAAUUUUCGGACUUUUCAAUUUUUUCUUACACACUUCUAGAACUUUCAGAGAUUCGUUGAGAACGUUUUACAUGUAUUUUUAAGAGAAAAACACAUUUGCCACAAGUAUGGAGGAUCUCAAUUUUCAAGUAAAUCCAAAUCAAGAAGAGGGAAUUAUUUAUUUAACAAUUGAGGAGGAUAAUUCAACUGAGAAUGUAUGCCAAAAGGAAGAAGAUCCUCCAAUAAGUUAUUUGGUUCAAAAUGAGGCAGUUCUUGAUACUCCUACAGUGUUUAAUUCCGGUAUAAAAAUUAUUACUAUAGGUGACGAACAGUAUUUUUAUAUUCCCAAUGCUGAUGAAUACAAUAUCCAAGAGGCAACUAAUGAAUCUUGUUUAAUUGAAACUGAUAGAACCCUAGAAGAAUAUAUACCGCUAUCCAUUAAACAAGAGGAACACUCGGAUAAUACAAUAGUAAAGUAUGAAAUGAUAAUGGUCAAUAAUGACAUAGACAAAGAUACUGAAGUUGAAACUAAAACAUUUAAUUGCCUCUAUAAGGGUUGUGAAAGAGUCUAUUCAACCUCUCAGGGUUUGACGGCUCACAUGAGACAUCACAUGAACAGCAAAACGUUUUUUUGUUGUUACGACGGUUGCAAUAAAAAGUUUUCCACAAAUUAUUCAUUGACUGCCCAUUUUAGAACGCAUACAGGAGAGAAACCUUACGUUUGUCAAUAUUGUGAAAAAGGAUUUAAAACUUCUGGAGAUCAUAUGAAACAUAUCAGGACACAUACUGGUGAAAAACCAUUUUUGUGUCCUAUUCCAAACUGCGGUAAAUCAUUUACAACUUCUAACAUAAGAAAAGUUCAUGUAAGAUCUCACACUGGUGAACGUCCUUAUGUCUGCGACUAUCCUAAUUGUUCCAAAGCGUUUGCUUCUUCUACAAAUUUCAAAAAUCACGCUCGAAUACAUUCUGGCGAGAAGCCGUUUGUUUGCUCAGUGUCUGGUUGUGAGAAAAAAUUCACUGAAUAUUCGUCCCUGUACAAACACCAAGCAGUUCACGAAACAAAUAAACCUUUCGAAUGCGAUUAUUGCAAGCAAAAGUUCAAAACGGACUACAGUCGCAAUCUCCAUAGAAAAGUGAAACAUGGAGUUUUGGUUCCACCUGAAGACAUCACAGAUUCAGGACCAAUUGAUGAGCCAUCUACCUAGUUUUAAUUAUAACUUUAUAUAAUACUCGGGUAGAUUGGGAAAUGAAAUAUUAGAGUUAAGAGCCUAAAACUCUGCAAAAUUCAUAAUUUUGCUGUUAUGAGUUCUUGAUAAAAGUUUGCAUAGGUAUAGUUCAUAUACAAUUUCUGUUCUUGCCUGUAAGAUACUGUUGCCUUUGUCUGUGUAUAAGUAAUGAUAAAAAAAAAAUAUUCGAAAUAAUGAUAUUUUUUUUUGGCAUGAAAUUAUUGUUAGGAUGAAUUUCAGGCCACUUAGAAAACGCAUCUACUAAUACCAAAUAAUUUCCAUUAAAUAAUGGUAGGUACUUUACUGGUUCCCAUGGAUGAACUUGAACCAAUUUUGGAUUGUUUUUGUUUUUAAGUUCCUCUUGAAGAUCCACCUAGCAUACUUGGUAGUUGGAAAUUUGAAAAAGUUAUGUCUUGUGCUUCAGUUAUUAACAUUAUAAAUUAUAAAGAGCGCGUAUUUUAUUACGU